AUGCAGCUACAGUGGAUGUCAUAUCUCAAAGUCUUAAGUGAUGUAACCAUCGGAUAUAAACCCUGCAUGACUGUAGCAAACGAUGAAGUUCGGCCACAGUUAAUAAUUGCUGGCUACAGUAGUUAUAGUUUACAAAUAGAUUUUGCUAAAUUUCGACAAAUUGCUGAUGAGGUGGGGGUUGGUUUGUUAAGAUUUAUUUAA